AAAAACUUGGUUUCCGGGUUGUGUUACCUCAUUUUCGUCCGCAUCCGGUUUGCCUAACAGCUGACUAGCAAAUGAAAACACUGUAGGACUGAGGCGAGAAACCUUGUUUUUAAACAUUAUUGUGCAAAUAAUGGCUGUGGCCAUGAGUUCGACGUGCCCGGGUACAUACUGCGGCAGGAUGAUGGUCAAUGGAUCCGUGGAGGGAGACUGUGGCGUCUGUCCUCGAGGAGAGCGGGCCAACAUCCAGAAGGUGUGCGAGCGCUGCACUGAGUCCCCCGAGCUCUACGACUGGCUCUAUCUGGGCUUCAUGGCCAUGUUGCCCUUAGUGCUGCACUGGUUCUUCAUCGAGUGGUACUCUGGAAAGAAGAGUUCCAGCGCUCUGCUGCAGCACAUCACAGCCAUGUUGGAGUCGGGCGUGUCGGCUGUGGUCACCCUGCUGGUCACAGAGCCGGUGGGGACGCUCAGCAUCCACUCCUGCCGAGUCCAGAUGCUGUCGGACUGGUACACCAUGCUCUACAACCCCAGCCCCGACUACGUCAACACGUUACACUGCACGCAGGAGGCCGUCUACCCGCUCUACACCAUCGUGUUGAUCUACUACGCGUUCUGCCUGGUGCUGAUGAUGCUGCUGCGCCCUCUGCUGGUGAAGAAGAUCGCGUGCGGCCUGGGCAAAUCGGAUCGCUUCAAGAGCAUCUACGCUGCUCUGUACUUCUUCCCCAUCCUCACCGUGCUGCAGGCGGUGGGCGGAGGGCUGCUCUACUAUGCGUUUCCCUACAUCAUACUGGUCCUGUCUCUGGUCACGCUGGCUGUGUACAUGUCUGCCUCGGAGAUACAGUCUUUUAAGAACCUUGUCACCAAGAAGAAGCGUCUGGUGGUCCUGUUCAGCCAUUGGCUGCUCCACGCGUACGGCAUCAUCUCUAUCUCCCGAUUGGACAAGCUGGAGCAGGACCUGCCGCUGUUGGCCCUCGUGCCGGGUCCCGCCCUCUUCUACAUCGCCACCGCCCGCUUCACGGAGCCCAGUCGCAUCCUGUCGGAGGGCGGCAACGGACACUGACGACGUCGGCCGACCAAUCCAACAUCAAUGCAGUUUCCACGGAGCAGACCUUUAGAGUCUCACACUGACAGAUUGGGCUUCAGUAUCGGGGUUCAUGAUGACAUCAUCAAGUGCCAUAUGUUACAUUGGGGAAACAAUUUCAUCAUCUACUCCAUGUGGUAUAUAAUAUGGUGUGUGUAUAUAUAAGUAGGGCUACAACUAACGAUUACUUUCACCUGUGAUACAUUUUUUCGAUAGUUGUUUGCGCUUUAAAAUGUAGAUCCCUGUUUCCCAGAAGCCCAAAAUGACGUCCUCAGAUGUCUUGUUUUGUCCACAACUCAAAAUAUAUAUAAGUGUACUACAGUGUCAGAUACUCUCAUUCAUAGUGCACCUUUAACCCUUAAAUCGUCCCACUGGAGUACAACUGCAUGCCGACUUUCAGAGAGCUCGUAUAACUCUUUACAUUUUUUAAAUUUAUUUUACAUUUUGUCUCUUUUUGGUGGCGUUUAGCUCCUUUUUUUCUGGACAUUCUCGACCUUUUUUUUUCUACGUUCUUGAUGCCUUUCUCUUUCUUUUUGUCACUUUUCUCGACAUUCUUGACGCUUAAAUUAUUUGUUGCUUUUUCCAAUGGUUUGUUUUUUUA